GCAACCUGGUCGCCGAGCCGCGCCUCGCAGCCAUGCCCGCUUCUUCUGUAGCUGUGCUGAAGUGCUGGAUGAACGGCAGUCAGGUGAAAGUAUUCGGGAAAGCAGUACAAACUGUAGCACGAGUGAGUGAAGCUCUGUGGCUAGACCCAUCUGAGAAGGGUCUUGCUCUGAGAUCUGUGAAUUCUUGUCAUUCAACAUAUGGAUAUGUCCUGUUCUCACCUGUGUUUUUUCAACAUUAUCAAUGGUCAGCCUCAGCCACAGUGACCGACAAUGACAUACCACUGAAUUUAAAUUGUAAAUUGGCAAUAAAGUCAAUUCUGCCCAUAUUUAGAUGUCUCACUUCUCUUGAAAGAAAUGUAGAGAAGUGCAGAAUAUUCACCAGAUCUGACAAGUGCAAAGUUGUUUUUCAGUUCUUCUGCAGACAUGGUCUUAAAAGAACUCAUAAUGUGAGUUUUGAAGAAAGUCAGCCCUUGAAAACUCUUCUUGAAAAGAAUAUGUGUACUAACCUACUGAUGAUUAAUCCAAGAUUGCUGACUGAGGCCAUUGUUCUUUUAACAUCAAAUCAAGAGGAUGUUACCUUUGCUGUUACUCCAGGGAAUUUUUGUCUCAAGAAUUCAAGUGAGGAAUCACUGGAUUUAACAAGUUCCGUGUACAGUGAGAUGUUUUUUGGCCCAGAAGAGUUUGACUUCUUUCAGGUUGGAUUUGAUACUGAGAUAACAUUUUGCUUUAAAGAACUGAAGGGGAUAUUGACAUUUUCAGAAGCUAUACAUGCUCCUAUAUCCAUCUAUUUUGACUUGCCUGGGAAGGUUCAGUAUAAUUUUUUAAAGUGUUCCUACUGUCCAUCAGAAAAUGAGUGUUAUUUUUGCCAUCUUUUUAGACCAGUUAUUCUAAGUAUUGAUGACAUGCUGCUGGAAGCUAACUUUAUCUUGGCCACAUUAUCUGAUUACCCAAGUAAAGCGUCUUCACCACAAUCACUGUGUCUUUCCCAGGCGAGAAGGUCAGAUUGGACAUUGUCAAGUGCCAAGGCAAGUAAAAGCAGAAACAGCCAGGCCCCAGAGAGCAUCUCGAGAACAGCAGCCAAAAGGCUGUUUCCUAAGGAUCCUUCCAAGAGCAGCUCUACAGUAGAGACCAAGAGAGCCAGUGUCAAUGGAGACGACAUUAGUGAAGUGCCUGAAACUGUUGUCAGUGACACAGAGGCAGGGCCAGGCUCUUCACACCCCACAAAGGACUAGUGCAUGCAGAAUUCACUACAGGGGAUGAAAACCUUAAAAAGAAGAUUCUAGAAGAUGAAACUCAAGACAUCCUAACAAAUUUUUUCUUUUGAACAUGAAGAUAUUUCUCAGAACACUUCAGUGACAAAUGAUUUUGGUCUAAUAAGGAAUCCAGCUUGGACACUCAGACCACAGUAGGUCACAUUACAUCUCACAACAAAUGUUCUACUAACCUGUUAAAAUAAGCCAACAUUAACCUAUUUUUUGGCUUAAAUAAAGGUUUUUAUGUGUAUGGA